GGAAGAUGAUGAAGAAAGGUGGCGACGACAGAAACAGCAAUGGCGUCGGCGCAUCAGAUACAGUCCCUCCUCCUCAAGCAUUCCUCCUCGUAUUCAACAAAGCUAGUGCGCUUCUGAUUUCCCACCAUUAAACAAAACCCAAAAACCCCAUAAAGCAAAACCACUCACACUAAGCAAAAGCAAGCCAAAGCCAAAGCUAAAAAGCACCUAUUUUUAUGCACACAUCAAAACAAACAUUUUUUCCCACUCUUCCUUACCCCACAUUCUUUCCUUCCUCCCUGAGAAAUCAAAAGCAGGAAAAAGCACACCAUAAAAGAAUGAAUUUUUCGCACUCGUCUUUUCUAUAUAUACAGUCAUUACCAUCUCCAUUACGUUUCCUCAAUCACUGUGAAGAAUCAUGGCUAGUUCGAGCGGGACCAAGAGCGAGCUCAGCCCGCGCUUGCCGUCGAGGAGGACGCCCACCAUGGUGGACCGCGCCGACGACAGCGCCGCCGUCGACAGCGAGCUCGUGCCCUCGUCGCUGGCCUCCAUCGCGCCCAUCCUCCGCGUCGCAAACGAAGUUGAGAAGGAGAAUCCCAGAGUUGCUUAUUUAUGCCGUUUCCAUGCAUUUGAGAAAGCACACCGGAUGGACCCAACCUCAAGUGGGCGGGGUAUUCGGCAGUUUAAGACGUAUUUGCUGCACAGACUUGAAACGGAAGAAGAAGAGACGAAACCCAUACUUGCCUCAAAUGAUCCUAGAGAAAUCCAGAGAUAUUAUCAGAUGUUCUAUGAGAAGAAUAUCCGAGAGGGCCAAUAUACCAAAAAACCGGAAGAGAUGGCUAAGAUAUAUCAGAUUGCUACUGUAUUGCAUGAUGUCCUGAGGACGGUAGUACCUCCAUCAAAAGUUGAUGAUCAGACUCACAGAUAUGCAAAAGAUGUUGAGGAGAAAAAAGAACAGUACGCGCAUUAUAACAUUUUGCCCUUGUAUGCUGUUGGCGUGAAACCAGCAAUUAUGGAACUCCCUGAGAUAAAAGCAGCACUUUGCGCUAUCCGUAGUGUAGAUGAUCUCCCCAUGUUCCUAAUGCCUGACGGGAAGGAAAGAAGAGUAAUUGAUAUUCUCGAAUGGCUUUCUUUACGCUUUGGUUUCCAGAAAGGGAAUGUAGCGAAUCAGCGGGAGCACUUGAUAUUGCUUCUUGCUAAUAUGGAUGUGAGGAAUAAGAACCUUCAGGACUAUGAACUCUUAGACAGCAGUACAGUGGAAAGGCUGAUGGAUAAGGUAUUCAAGAAUUAUCAAUCAUGGUGUAAAUACUUGCACACAGCAUCUAAUCUGGAGUGUCCGUGGGGUGACAGGAGGCAACAGUCGCAGCUUCUUUACAUUGGACUUUAUCUCCUUAUCUGGGGUGAAGCUUCCAACCUUCGAUUCAUGCCAGAAUGCCUGUGCUACAUUUUUCACCGGAUGGCACAUGACAUGUAUGGAACUCUGUUUAGCAAUGCUCAACAUGUAAUCGGAGCUACAUCUCAGACAGCAGCACCACAAGGUGAGGAGUCGUUUCUGAGGGAUGUUGUGACACCGAUAUAUGAGGUUAUGCAAAAGGAAGCUAGGAGAAACAAAAAUGGGAAGUCAAGCCAUUCGGAGUGGAGGAACUAUGAUGAUCUUAAUGAAUAUUUUUGGACCGAGAAGUGUUUUAAGUUGGGGUGGCCUUGGGAUCGCAAAGCUGAUUUCUUUGUGCAUUCAGAUGUAAUAAAGCCAGCAAACAAGGAAAAUAACCAGGCUGUAGGAAAGAGAAAACCAAAGACAAAUUUUGUUGAACUGCGCACGUUUUGGCACCUUUAUAGGAGUUUCGACAGAAUGUGGAUCUUCUUCAUCUUGGCCCUCCAGGCUAUGAUUAUCAUUGCAUGGCAUCAACGUAUAUCCUCAAAUGCUCUUUUAGAUGAUAAUGUACUCCAAAAUGUCUCGAGCAUCUUUGUCACGGCAUCUAUUCUAAACUUUCUACAAGCUAUCUUGGAUAUAGUCCUCAGCUUUAAUGCCUGGAGGAGCCUGAAAUAUACUCAGACACUCCGCUACCUCCUGAAACUUGCAUUUGCUGCAUUUUGGCUUGUAGUCAUGCCAGUAGCAUAUUCGAGAUCUGUUCAAAACCCAAGAGGGAUUAUAAGAUUCUUCAAUUCUUUGGGAGGAGAUUGGCAGACACAGUCUCUCUACUACUAUUGUGUUGCAAUAUAUUUGGUACCCAAUAUAUUUUCUGCCUUACUAUUUUUAUGUCCUUGUCUGCGGAGAUCUAUGGAGCGUUCAAACUGGCGCAUCAUUAGUGUCCUAAUGUGGUGGUCCCAGCCGAAGUUGUAUGUGGGAAGAGGAAUGCACGAAGACAUGUUAUCCCUUUUAAAAUACACACUCUUUUGGAUUACCCUGAUAAUAAGCAAGCUUGCAUUCAGCUAUUAUGUUGAGAUAUUGCCGUUGAUUCAACCAACAUGGAUUAUCAUGAAUCUCAAAGUCAGUAGCUAUGACUGGCACGAGUUUUUUCCAAAUGUUACUCACAAUUCUGCUGUUGUUAUUGCAAUAUGGGCCCCAGUCGUUCUGGUCUAUUUCAUGGAUACACAAAUAUGGUAUGCUAUCUUCGCAACUAUUAUUGGUGGGAUUUAUGGUGCCUUCAGUCAUCUUGGAGAGAUAAGAACUCUUGGUAUGUUAAGGGCAAGAUUCGAAUCUGUUCCCUCAGCUUUCAGCAGGCGCCUCGUUCCAUAUUCCAAAGAUGAAAGCAGACAACACCAGCAGGAUGACACAUUGGAGAGAAUAAAUAUUGCAAAGUUCUCUCAGAUGUGGAAUGAGUUCAUUUUAUCCAUGAGAAAUGAAGAUUUGAUAAGCCAUAGGGAGAAAAAUCUGCUGCUUGUGCCAUAUUCAUCAAGUGAUGUAUCUGUUGUCCAGUGGCCUCCUUUCUUGCUCGCUAGUAAGAUUCCGAUAGCAUUGGACAUGGCUAAAGAUUUCAAGGAAAGGGAAGAUGCUGAUCUCAUCAGGAAAAUUAAGAAUGACGAUUUCAUGUAUUUUGCAAUAAUUGAAUGCUAUGAGACGCUACGAGACUUGCUUUUUGCUCUUCUGCUAGAUAAAGGGGAUAAGAAAAUCAUAUGGCAAAUUUGUCAAGAAGUGGAAAACAGCCUCCAAGAGAAAAGAUUCUUGAAGGAAUUUAAGAUGAGUGGACUACCAAUGUUAAGUGAUAAGUUGGAUAAAUUCCUAGACCUACUAAUGGCAGACCAUGAGGAUGAUAUACAGUUAUAUCGGUCUCAGAUCAUCAACAAACUCCAGGAUAUUGUAGAGAUCAUCAUUCAAGAUGUAAUGAAGAAUGGGCACGAGGUUUUGGAGAAAGCCCAUGCAUUCCAUAAAGAUGAAAAGAAAGAGCAGAAGUUUGAAAGGGUAAACAUUGACCUCUUGCAAAGUGGGCCCUGGAUGGAAAAGGUUGUCAGGCUUCAUUUACUUUUGACUGUGAAAGAAUCAGCAAUCAAUGUGCCCAUGAAUUUGGAAGCUCGUCGGCGGACUACUUUCUUUGCGAACUCUUUAUUUAUGAUCAUGCCAAAUGCGCCUAAAGUUCGUAAUAUGCUCUCUUUCAGUGUUUUGACUCCUUACUACAAAGAGUCCGUACUUUAUUCAACUGAAGAGCUUAACAAAGAAAAUGAGGAUGGCAUUACGACCCUAUUUUAUCUUCAGAAAAUAUAUCCUGAUGAAUGGAAAAAUUAUGAGGAGCGAAUCAAUGAUCCUAAACUCGAUUAUGCCGAUAAAGACCGUUCAGAAUUGGAUCGUCAAUGGGUGUCUUACAGGGGUCAGACACUUGCCCGUACAGUGCGAGGAAUGAUGUAUUACCGGGAGACUUUGGAGCUUCAAUGUUUUCUGGAUUUUGCUGAUGAUAAUGCCAUUUUUGGUGGAUAUCGAGCCAUUGAUGUAAAGCAUAGGGACUACAGAAUCCUCAAGGAACGGGCACAAGCUUUAGCAGACCUGAAAUUCACUUAUGUUGUGUCCUGUCAGGUUUAUGGCAACCAGAAAAAAUCUAGUGAUGCACAUGACAGGAGUUGUUAUGUCAAUAUUUUGAAUCUUAUGUUGGCGUAUCCAUCACUACGGAUUGCUUAUAUAGAUGAGAGAGAGGAGACUAUUAGUGGGAAAACAGAAAAGGUCUAUUAUUCCGUUCUGGUCAAGGGAGGCGAGAAGUUGGAUGAGGAAAUAUAUCGUAUCAAGCUUCCAGGUCCUCCAACAGAAAUUGGUGAAGGGAAGCCUGAGAAUCAAAAUCAUGCUAUCAUUUUUACACGGGGGGAAGCCUUGCAAGCCAUAGACAUGAAUCAGGACAACUAUUUUGAAGAAGCUUUCAAAAUGCGCAAUGUUUUGGAGGAACUUUUGAAGACUCAUCAUGGAGAUCGCACGCCAACAAUAUUAGGACUAAGGGAGCACAUUUUCACAGGAAGUGUUUCGUCACUAGCUUGGUUCAUGUCCAAUCAAGAAACCAGUUUCGUGACAAUUGGUCAAAGAGUUUUGGCAAACCCUCUAAGGGUAAGGUUUCAUUAUGGACAUCCUGAUAUUUUUGAUAGAAUCUUUCACUUGACAAGAGGGGGCAUAAGCAAAGCUUCAAAAACAAUAAACUUGAGUGAAGACAUCUUUUCUGGCUACAAUUCAACACUUCGAAGGGGCUAUGUUACACAUCACGAAUAUAUUCAAGUGGGCAAGGGACGAGAUGUUGGUAUGAAUCAGAUAUCUCUUUUUGAGGCGAAGGUUGCAAAUGGCAAUGGGGAGCAGACUCUUAGCCGAGAUGUCUAUCGACUUGGACAUCAAUUUGACUUCUACCGAAUGCUGUCCUUCUACUUCACCACAAUUGGUUUUUACUUCAGUAGCAUGGUUACUGUGCUUACAGUCUACGUAUUCUUAUAUGGAAGAUUAUACAUGGCGUUGAGUGGAUUGGAAAGGCGUAUUUUGAGGGAUCCGUCUAUUCAUCAGAGUAAAGCUCUUGAAGAGGCUUUGGCCACCCAGUCUUUCUUUCAGCUAGGCUUGUUACUCGUUCUGCCUAUGGUGAUGGAAAUAGGGCUUGAACGAGGCUUCCGCAAUGCUAUUGGCGAUUUUAUUGUCAUGCAGCUCCAGCUAGCUUCCGUGUUCUUUACAUUUCAGCUUGGAACAAAAUCUCAUUAUUAUGGUAGAACCCUUUUACAUGGAGGUUCCAAGUACCGAGCCACAGGUCGUGGUUUCGUUGUUUUUCAUGCCAAAUUUGCUGAUAACUACAGGCUGUAUUCUCGUAGUCACUUUGUGAAAGGGUUAGAGCUCUUCAUAUUGUUAAUCCUCUAUGUGGUCUACGGCCAUGCUUCCAGCAGUUCGUCGCUCUACCUUUUCAUUACGUUUUCAAUGUGGUUCCUCGUAGCGUCCUGGCUAUUUGCUCCGUUUGUUUUCAAUCCAUCUGGAUUUGAGUGGCAAAAGACGGUAGAUGAUUGGACGGAUUGGAAAAGGUGGAUGGGGAACCGUGGUGGCAUUGGGAUCGCGCCUGAUAAAAGCUGGGAAUCAUGGUGGAAUGAAGAACAGGAGCACUUGAAAUACACAAACCUACGGGGUAAACUGCUCGAGAUUCUCCUCUCGUUUCGCUUUUUCAUCUACCAAUACGGGAUUGUCUAUCACCUUAAGAUAUCUCAUGGAAACGACGACUUCCUGGUUUAUGGACUGUCUUGGUUUGUUAUGGCUACCGUUCUUCUGGUAUUAAAGAUGGUGUCAAUGGGGAGACGAAAAUUUGGUACGGACUUUCAGCUGAUGUUCAGGAUUCUGAAAGCACUCUUGUUCCUCGGAUUCGUAUCAGUAAUGACCGUGUUGUUCGUGGUGUGUGGGCUAGUCGUAGGCGAUAUAUUUGCUGCUAUCUUGGCCUUCAUGCCCACAGGGUGGGCCCUUGUUCUGAUUGGUCAAGCGUGCAGGUCUUGUCUGAAGCGUGUUGGCGUAUGGGAUUCAGUGAGGGAGUUGGCCCGAGCAUUUGAAGCUGUGAUGGGGCUCGUCAUCUUCAUGCCCAUCGUGGUGCUCUCGUGGUUCCCCUUCGUCUCCGAGUUCCAGACGCGUCUCCUCUUCAACCAGGCCUUCAGCCGAGGCCUCCAGAUUUCGAUGAUAUUGGCUGGGAAGAAGGACAAGGCUUCCUUCACUUGAGUUGAGUUGAUGGAUGUCUCUGUAAAUCUUUCUCAUUCUUUUAUGGGAAACAAAAUCUUGUAGCUUUUGUUGUUAGCUAUUUAGAGGUGAAAUAUACUCAUCAUAUACAUAUAUACAGGUUUCUUGUGUUGUUUUUUUUCUGCAUGAGAAAGAGUCUUG